CCAGGGUAGAUGAGUAACGAACGAGGCUUCAUAUUAUUCUGGGUCUCAAAGUAGCCUCCUCAGACUUGAUGUUGUCACCAUGGAGAUCAGUCUGUGGUUGCUACUGUUCUGUUGGUCAGCCGUCCUCCCCAAGACACUCUCUCAGCCUCUCACCACGUAUUUGGUGACAGCACCCACAUCUCUGCGUUUGGAUGCGGUGGAGACGGUACUGGUUCAGUUGUUUGGUUUCACCCAGCCAGUGGAGCUUUACGUCAUCCUGAAGAGCACUCAGGGCUCGCAGAGUGUGAAGUACUCAGAAGAAAGAUUGACUCUGAACCAGGCCAACAACUACCAGGCGGCCGCUAAAGUCCAGGUCUUGCCCAAAGAUUUGGUUGAAGGGGCUAGUAAUGUGGUCCUGCUGGUCCAAGGAUCAGGAAUAAACGACCAACGGCUGAUAGACAUCAGUCGGUCCAACGGCUUCAUGUUCAUCCAGACAGACAAGUCUCUUUACACCCCAGAACAGUCGGUCAAAGUCAGAGUGUAUUCUCUGAAUGAAGAAUUGAGACCAGCCAAUCGGAAAGUCACCCUGACGUUUAAAGACCCAGAGGGGCAGAAGGUGGACAUUUCGGAACUAAUUGAUAAUAACAAUGGAAUCCCCUCGAUGCAAAACCCUUUCAAGAUCCCCCUGAAUCCAAAGCUGGGAGUGUGGAGCAUCGAGGCCACGUACUCCAAAGACUUCGACACCCAAGCCAUAGCUGUAUUUCAAGUGAAAGAAUAUGUUCUGCCCAGUAUUUCUAUCACAGUCAAACCAGAGGAAAACUUCAUCAGCCCUAAAAACUACCGAAGAUUUGCCUUCCAGAUCUCUGCCAGCUAUGUCAAUGGAGUGCCUGUCAGAAGGGGUGUUGUGUUUAUCCGCUAUGGUUUUAUUUCUGACAAGGAGGAGCCAGUGAUAUUCCCCAACUCAUUAACUAGGAAGCUUCUGUCGCCCUUAGGAGUUGUGGAUGUGAAUGAAGACAUUAAGGCUCUCCUGGCUGGCACCGCCCGCUACACGUUGGAGUCACUGAUCAAAAAAUACCUCUACAUCACAGUAUUGGUCCAGGAAGAACAAGGUGGUAUCUCAGAGGAGACCGAAUAUACGGCUGUGAAGUUUGUAAGAUCUCCGUACAGUCUGCACCUGAUCUCCACCCCCCGCUUCGUCAAACCAGGGCUCCCCUACAAUAUCAAGGUGCUGGUGAGGGAUCCCACAGGGCAGCCAGUGGCUGGAGUCCCGGUCAACAUAGUGGACAAAUGCAUCGUCCGGGGGUCGCCCACUUCAUGCUACUGCUCAGGGAGCGAAGAGAGCCAAUCAGAUGGCUUCAUUGAGCGCAUCUGCAACAUCCCUCCACACACAGCAAUGGCUGUUCUUACGUAUGUGACAGCAGCCCCCGCUCGGUCCUCCGAGGGGCAGGCCAGCUUCAUUCUGGAGGCGCCGGCGUACAGUUCGCCCCAAUCGCGCUACCUCUACAUCCACCAUCCGCAGCGGGGAAGCCUCGUCGUCGGACACCAAGUUCAUAUCCGCGUCUCUGCCGCCACAGCCAGAAAUGUGCCCUCCUUCAACGUCAACUACAUGGUGCUGUCUAAGGGAAAGGUGGUGACCUUUGGUGUUGUAGAGGGUUCUGGCGUCUCCGGACAGAAUCAGUUUGUGCGGUUUAGGGUUACGCCAGAGAUGACGCCAUCCAUUCGCCUGCUCGUCUAUUACCUCAUCGAAAGAGAAGUAGUGGCAGACUCUUUGUGGAUAGAAGUCGAGGGAAAAUGUGUCAACAGUCUCAAGACUGAGGUUCGCUACAGAGGACGGGAUCAGAGGCCCAAGUCCCACCUCCUGCUGGAUGUGUCAACCAAGCAGGACGGACUUGUUGCUCUCUCUGCUGUGGAUACAGCCGUCUUUCCCCUGCGUCGCAAUCACAAGGACCCUGUCGACAUGGUAUUGAGGCAUAUUGAGCUCAGUGACCAGGGCUGUGGGGCCGGCGGAGGAGGGGAUGCCCAGGGCGUCUUCCAAUUGGCUGGCCUCACCUUACUGACCAAUGCCAUUCACCAAGGGUCACAAAGUGCUGGGACUUGCACAGAAGCGGUACGUGCAAAGAGAUCCCUCACAGAAAAGGAGCAGAAAGCUGUGAUGGGAAGGAAACUCCCAGGUUCGAUUCGGGAAAAGAGAUCCCCCACCGAGGAGCAGAAAAUGGCAAUGGUGGCUGGUCAUGGAAACGUAGGCAAGUGCUGCAGGAGGGGUCUGGGCUACAUUCCCAACAGUGUGACCUGUGAGCAGUUUGCUAUCCAUUCAAUUCGUCAAGCGUACCCGAGCUGCAGGAAAGCCUUCCAGGACUGCUGCGAACGCAGCUUGGCACACAUCACAGGAGAUUUCCAAUAUUCCCGACCAGGUUUCCGCCCAGGUUUGGUUCGGGCAAAGAGAUCUCUCACAGAGGCCCAGAAAAAUGAAUUGGUGGCUGGGCAUGGAAUCGGAGGCAGGUGCUGCAGGAAGGGUCUGGACUACCUUCCCAGCAGUGUGACCUGUGGGCAGUAUGCUAUCCAAUCAAUUCCUAAAACGUACCCGCGCUGCAGGAAAGCCUUCCAGGACUGCUGCGAACGCAGCUUGGAAAGCCUCCCAGAAUAUCUCCAAUAUUCCCGAGAUAUGGGCGCUGACUUAGACAUGGCCCCUUCAGUCAGAAGCUACUUCCCAGAGAGCUGGCUGUGGGAGGUCCAGCCCGUCAGAGACCACCUAUUGUCAGUGAACAUGAGUCUACCAGACUCUCUCACCACCUGGCAGAUCACUGCUGUUGGAAUGUUCCAGAAUGGUAUCUGUGUUCAGGAUCCUGUGCAGGUAUCAGUCAGUCUUCCGGUUAGUGUCAACAUUCCUCUGCCCUACCAGCUGGUCCGAGGAGAACAGCUCGACCUGCUGGGCUCCGUUUAUAAUGAGAACAUUGAACCCAUACAGUAUUGUGUAACUCUGACGGUUGGUCCAGAGUUCUGCUUGCUCCACUCACAAUCCGAUGGGGACAGUGGCCUGCGAACCACAGCUUGCGUGUGGACCUAUCUCUCUGGUUCUGGAGUGGGGAAAGGGGGCCCCUUCACCCUGCUGGGUCUAAAGCCUGGGGAGCACACCUUGAUAUUCACCCUGAGGACCAGCGACAGACCAGGGGCCCCCAGAGACAUCGUGAAGAAGAAGCUCCGUGUGGUGCCUGAAGGUGUUAGAAAGGAGACCUCCUCUGUAGGAACUCUGGACCCUCAAGGCAUAUAUGGCUCGGAGAAGAUAAAAGUGCUGCUUAAGAAUCGACCUCCUCCUGACCUGGUCCCUGACUCGUCUGUUGAGCGCUCCCUCUCCUUCAAUGGGGUGAUCAUGGGUAAGAUGCUGUCUGUGAUACUGGAGCCAGAAGGGUUGAGGAAGCUCAUCCGUCGGCCCUUGGGAUCUGCAGAAGCUGGGCUGGAUGGGCUGCUCCCCCUCAUCCAUGUGUACAGGUACCUGGAGUGGAACGACUGCUGGAAUGUUCUGGGGGAGGACGUCCGGGCCAACAUAUUUAACCUAAAGACGAAGAUCAAAGAGGGUGUGGUCAAUAUGUUGUCCUUCAGAGUCAAGGAUAAUCCGUCUUCUUACAGCUUGUGGAUGAAAGGAAAGCCAAGCACACGGUUGACCGCCAAGGUGGUCCAUACAUUGGCUCUGCUAAAGGAUGUGAUCAAGGUGGACUAUACAUCUGUAGGAUUGUCUGUGGACUGGCUCAUCAACGCCCAGAAUAGAGACGGCUCCUUUAGAGAGCUGGCCUUGGAUUCCAAAAGAGUGACGGCAGAUCCCGAGGAACACUCUGUCUACUUGACAUCCUUUGUGCUGAUCAGCUUGAAGAGGGCCACACAAAUUAAACACCCGGCUUUGCAGCAACAAUCCCAGCGUGACGCUAUGACGCAAGCUGUACUCUACAUUUCCCAGCAUGUCAUGCAUGUGAAGAGUUUGUAUGUGCGUGCAGUUGCAACUUAUGCCCUGACAUAUCAUAACAUCGACAAUGAAAUGGCCACAACGCUGUUCGAGAGCCUGGAGGGUCUGGCCCGACAGAAAGUGGGUACCAUGGAACUGAGAUAUUGGCAGGAAUCCAAUGUGGCUGAGUGGCAGCAGCCUGACCAAUCAAGUGGCCUGAUGGUGGCGACCACCGCCUAUGUCAUGCUCACCUCUGUGUUCAAGGGGAGGUUAUACUACGUCAAGCCCAUCGUCAACUGGCUGACCCAGGACCAGCACUAUGGAGGAGGCUUUUAUUCCACCGAGGACAUGGUGUUAACCCUGGAAGCCAUUACGGAGUACAGCCUGAAGUUAACCCGGUCCGAACUCAACCAGGACAUCGUUGUCUCGGGGAAGGACAUUAAGGCUCUCGUAAAACUCAGGGAAAACCUACCCAUGGUCCCGCCCGUACAGGUGCAUACCUACGGUGACAUCACGGUGUCAACAGGAUAUGGGAACGGUGUCUCUCAUGUCGAGCUCAAGACCGUAUAUUACCAGACCACGGUAUCCCUUAAGGAAUGUAACUUUGACUUCAAUAUAGAACUAACCAAAAAAAGUGACGCCACCCGGUAUCAUUCCCUAACAGCCUGUGUCAAAUACAGGCCCCCACCAAACGAGGUUGAGCCAGAGUCGGGCCUGACUGUGUUGGAGAUUCAUCUUCCAACAGGAGUUCAACCAAACCUUAAUGAACUCGAACCAUUUAAGAACGGUGAUAUUCCUGCCAUCUUGAGUUAUAAAAUGAGAGGAAACGUGGUCAUCAUCGAGAUGGAAUAUGUACCGUCUGAUAUCUUCCGGUGUAUAGGGUUCCGGGUCCGUGCAGAGUUUAACGUGGUGGCAGCGGCAAAGUCCAUCUUCAGAGUGUUUGAGAGCGAGGUUCAAGGCAGUGUGUGUGAAAAACAAUUUUCGUUUGCUGAGGAGGAUCUACAGCGACUGUGUUUUGGGAAGGAGUGUCAGUGCAUGAAAGCCGCUUGCGCCACGUAUAGAGGAAACGGCACCGUCCUUACAGCAGAAGAACGCAUCCUGGAGACCUGCUAUGAUCAUAUCCAAUAUGCGUACAAGGUAAAGAUUAAGUCUGCAGUGGCUGAAGGGGACUUUAUGACCUACACGGCCAUCGUAGUCCUAGUCCUGAAACAAAAGGACCGAGCGUUUGAGGGUGUUAGGCCAGGCGUUGAGGUGGCCCUGGUGAAGAAGGCCACCUGCAGCUGGGUGGAGCUUCAUAAGGACGCCCAUUUCAUAGUGCAGGGCUCCCGUGGCUCAGAGCUCCUCUCCAAUGACAACGUCAGGUACCGUUUUCCUCUGGACUUGGAUGCUGUUCUUGAGCUGUUGCCAGAUUGUGGUCCUACUGGCUGCAUGGACUCUGAACUGAAUCAAUAUGAAGAGGACCUCCAGAUUUUUGGCUGUGGCUAACCAGCCCUGUUAUGAACAGGAUUAAUUCCUUUUUAAUAAUGAGCAUAUUUGUUUUCUUCCUCAAGUAAUUUUUUUGCAGGCAAUACAUGCAGUAUUUUCAUAGAUUUAACAUGGUAACAACAAGCAAAAACUAUCCGAAAUUCUCUCUCGCUCGAUUGAUCAAAAACAAACGUGUGUGUGUGUGUAAAGUGUGUGUUGUAGGUGAUUAUUUUAAUCAAUUAUUUGAGGAGCUUUUCAUUCAAUUAUCAACUGGGAUCAACACAACCUAUUGUUGGAAAUAUGGGUAAAAGUUGCAGACAGAAUUUCCUUUCGGAGAUUAAUUUAAGUGUGUUAUAUUAAAUAUACCAUACAGUCAGCUUUCCCAACUAAAUAAAUAAAUAAUCUGAUACAAUUGCA